AUGUUCUACAGUCAUGAGAUUCUAACUUCACCUGAGCAUGGCGUCGCGACAAUCUGGCUCGUCGCAACACUUGGAUCACGCUCCAUCACUAGAAGAUUCAAUCGCAAAGCCAUUCUCGAGGUUGAUGUACCUGGGGCAUGCAAUGUGAUUGUUGACCCCGAGGCGCCGAUGGCGCUGCGACUCCAAGGGAACUUACUGUUUGGCGUUUCAAGGGUGUACCAGGAGCAGUGCGGAUAUGCCCUUCUCGACGCGCAGUCUAUGCAUGACAAAAUGGUUUCGACACUGGAGAUCUUACCUGGUGGGGGACUGGACCCUUUUGCUGGCAAGACAAAACCUAGUAACCUCCUUUUACCAUACGAUCCAACUUUCCUUCCAGAGACCAACCUUCCAGGUCUCAACAUUGAUUUCAAUAUCCUAGAUCUCAUGAAUGAUGAAAGCUCGAGCCAGUGGUCUAGUCUCUGGUCAAAGUCACCCGCCGGUAGUCAGUCGAGCGCAUCUCGUCUCAGUGUUCAUCUGGAGCUGGAAUCCGAUGAUUUAAUUCAGCAGGAAACAAUGAUCGGCUUCAAUGACGGGGGAAUGGGAUCUUUCCAGAAGCAUGGACUUUCUGAGGAGAUGGACAGAGAGCGCUUAGGGGGUGAAGAUGGUGUUUUGCUUCAGCCGGAUUUUGAGUUCGAUGAGAACGGCAAUAUCAUCGAGUUUGAUGCCUCUCAUCUUUCACCAAGGAAGAGACGGAAGCAUAGCAUGGCACGAGUGGGGAGCGAGGGCUUCAUUAGUGGUCAGACCGAAGAUAUCAUGGAUCUCACUGAGGAUGCGGCCUUAGCCCAAGUUGAUGGGGCCUUGGAGAUCGAUACCCGCGUCAAGGAUCAUGAGACUAUGCUCCCUGUGAAGAAUGAUUUAAAUGAGGAAAGAUCAGCUAAACAAGACGAAAACCAAUUUGUCGGGGAAAAAAGAGCACGCCGCAAGUACACCCGGGUGAUCAGGCCUAUCAAUACUGACACCAACACAACUCUUCGCAAUACAGACCUUGCACGAUGGAACAACGAGUAUACCACUAACAUGGCCAAUGCAUCGAAGCAGAAACAACAGAACAGAGUACAGACUACUGCGAAGAAGAACGCUGCAUUCUGGGUCUUCGGUCAAGGCAUCGGAUCUGUGGGCAUGGGACUAGGUGCACAGCGUGAAGACCACCCACUGAAAUGCUUCUCUGGUGAAAAACUCGAGAACGCAUUAUACGGCGAUACCUCGCACCACAAGAUCCAAAAUGAGCCUUGCAAGCCCGAGGAAGAGAGCAACACAGACACAGACACGGACCAGCAACGCCGCAGCCACGAGAAAAGCAUGAACUCCGUAGAUAUAGAAAUCGGUCGUCACGCACCACCCAGUCUAAUGGAAGAGCACUCCUCCCAAAUGCCAUGGAACCUGAACUCUGCUCAAAGUUCCCGAAUCGGCCGCUUGGGAAAUCUGAGCGAACUCUCCGCGAAAAUUGGACCCGGUGACUCGACUGGUCUACGAGGAGUCGGACGACGAGGCCGCUUUACCAGUGCCAGUCCGCUCGCAGGACGAGGAUACCCCGAACAACUCGGUAGUCUGUCCCUACAGGGUGGAGACGGCCUCGACGGGCUCGAUGAAGACCUGGAAAUUUCCCGAUACCUGGCAGCCGAGCUUGCAGCCGACAAGAAAGAUAUCACGACGCUAUCGCGGCAGGCAUCGGCUUCCCAGCGCGUCGCAUCACAGCUAGAUCAGGAGAGUAUGAAUUUCUUUGAUUUCAUCCAGGAUACAAUGGAUGGUCAGGAUGGGAAGAGCGAACUGGCGUUUUCGGAUCUUCUUCCGCCUGGGAAGACUUCGCGGACGGUGGCUACGCAGGGACUGAUGAAUGUGCUUACACUUGCCACUCAUGGGAUAUUAUCCAUUUCGCAGGAGCCAUCUCAUGAUGCUGGUAUUGAGUACUGGGGCACAAAAUAUGAGUAUGGAGAGAUUUUCAUGCGUGUGGAAGGGGUGUGA